AUGGACCGACCUGCAUCAUCCCCUCAAGCUGCACCUCCCGCGUAUACGGAGAGCGCAUCCGAUCCCUAUUGGAAGAUUGGGAACACGAAGUACAGCUCUGUGUUUGCAACAAACGGUCCGCCAAGCGUAGAAGAUUAUCGGACUUACGCAAAGCACAUUAAAGACUCUUUCUUAGAGUGUGGCAGAGCCGGCUCUCCUGCUUCUGGUGUUAACCGUUUUGUUGAAAAUGUUUUACAUACUAUUAAACUACUGAACGAAGAGGACGUUCUCUUUCUUCUUCUGAGCCGAUACUCGCGCUCGUCUGGGGCUUGCGUGUAUGUAGAAAUCAAAAGACCAGGUGAAGUCCAAAUCUUUGAUUCAGCUAUAGUCGAGCCAUCACACAUGUCGUCUAUCCAGGAGCACAUGGUGUGCGCACCUGGCAUAAUCACCGCCGAGUUCCACGAGCCAUCCUUUAAGAGUAAUCUGACAGAGAUUCCAUACAUCCCGGUCCCACAAACGCCAUCCGCUGCGGAGUUCGGUUGUUCUGUGACCAUAAACUUUCCAGAAAUGCUUAUAGUAGCACCUGCUGCGACCUCAGCAUCCACUGCCAAUACGGAUUGCCCUCCCACAUACAGAGACACCCGAACGGGGAGUGACCAAGUCGUUCCCGUCAAUAAUCGGGGCUUUUUGCCUGCCAAGCUACAACCGCCGGCGUUCCGUGUGCAUAGAUGUCAUCACCGAGGCGUGGAGCGUGGUGGUGAGCAAGAGACUUUCGAGCUACCAUUUGGAUUUCCAGAAGUUAUUCAGCAUAUGCAUAGUGUUCCUCCCCAUUGCUACCACAUAGGCUUUCAUAUCCAGAACAAACCCUAUCAAUCCAUGCCUUGCUACGAAGGAGGCGUCCAAGCCUUUGAGUGUCAUAUACUACCUUCCGAAACUCGAGUCUACAUUACGGUCGAACGAGAAGGAGCGAUACUUGUAUAUAAUUGCUAUCGAGACGAAGAGGUGUGGGCGCGAGCUCAUGACAAUCACGAAGAGUGCACUGGUUGUUUAGGCUCUUAG